AUGUCUAUAGCCCCACAAUUUGCAUGGCAGGCUUAUCACCUCAAAAUGAUAUACACUGCUCCCGCUAAUCUCUAUAUAUCUCUUGCGAAGCGGUUGUACGAGGGGAAUCGGUUUGACGGCCAAGACGCUAAUCGAAGACGUUGUCAAAUUUACUUGGUCGAGGGUGCCAGUCAGCUGUCUACACGUCUAUUCCUGUGUCUCCUCGACCCCGACUUCGGGAACGGCAUAUUCAUCGCUUCUUCCGAUCUUACUAUGCUUGACCCUACGAAGAUCCGCAAGGCGGAUUCCGAGACGUUGUUUCUCUCGACCCCCACCUCCCAUAUCUCCAUCGUGUUUCCUUUCGGACGGCUUCGUGACCAGUUCGCGGCCCAAAUUGCGGAUUGGCUCAGUUCCAAUCGCCUAGAUUUUUCGACCCACCCUUCUCCGCCGGGAGAAGUAGUCUUCGGCAUGGAAAUUUUUUCUUUCGCCCUCCUCCUAUUCCAGGCCCACGAAGCUGUCAUGGUCGUUGCUGAACAUGACGUCAACAAGGUCGUCUCUGGGACUGCUGAAGAGCUCGGCAUAAGCUUCAAUUAUCUCGGUGGCGAUGAUACAGCGGACGGCGAUGAUGUGGAUGCAGCGGACGACGACGACGGAGAUGAAAGCGUCGCGGGCGACGCCGUUGCGGAUGUCGGGGUUGCGGAUCACAACGUCGCUGUUGAAUUCACGGAUUCUUGA